AAAAUAAUAUUGUCGUGAUUCACCUAGAGACCAUUGACCAAAAAUAAACAAUUCGCGAGUGAAGCGACGCGCUCCGUCGGAUCCGUACACGCACUGUUUACGCACAAAACUCCCGCGUCCAUGCAAAUACCCUAACAAGAAAAACACACACUCUCUCUCUUCCUCACUCUCUCUUCUCCUAUUUUCAUUUAAGGAAAAAAAAAUCUCUUGCGUUAUUCGCUUUCCAAAUCCUCUCACAUUUCCAUCGUAAUUACCGCUCAAUACCCUGCGUAACGCCUCCAAUUUUUUGAUCGAGAAACGGAGGAGCAGAUCGAUCGAAGCAUCAAUAAUGGCAACGGAAUCUGCGGUUCUGAUUCCGGUGACGCCGGCGUCUCUGUACGUCGGAGACCUGCAUCCCGACGUGACCGAUGCUGUUUUGCUCGAGGCUUUCAAGGAGUUCAAUUCGCUGUCGUCAGUACGCGUCUGCCUUGAUUCCGCCACCGGCCGCUCGCUCGGUUACGGCUACGUCAACUUCGAUUCGCCUCACGACGCCAUUCAGGCUAUUGAAUUGAAAAAUCAUCUCACACUGAAUGGAAAAGAGAUUAGGGUUAUGUGGUCACACCGUGACUCGGAUGGACGAAAAAGUGGAGUUGGAAAUGUCUUUGUCAAGAAUUUGAGCGACUCAAUAGAUAGCAUUAAGCUUCAAGAAAUGUUUCAGAAGUUUGGUGAUAUUAUAUCUUGUAAAGUAGUCACUUCUGAUGAUGGGAAGAGCAGAGGAUAUGGCUUUGUCCAGUUUGAGUCUGAAGCCUCUGCAAAAGCGGCCAUUGAGAAGCUCAACGGCACAGAUGAUGGAGGAAAACAGAUGUACGUUAGUAAAUUUAUCAAAAAAAGUGACCGAGCUAUUGCUUCUCACGAGGUGAAGUACACAAACCUGUAUGUGAAGAAUCUAGAUACAGGUAUAUCUGAGGAAGUGUUUAAGGAAAAGUUCUCUCAAUAUGGAAAAAUUGUGAGCUUAGUCAUCUCAAAAGAUGAGAAUGGUGCAUCAAGAGGUUUUGGGUUUGUUAAUUUUGAGAAAGCAGAAGAUGCCAAAUCUGCAGUAGUAGCUUUGAAUGGAUCACAACUUGCCUCAAAGGUCUUAUAUGUCGCCCGAGCACAAAAAAAAUCAGAACGCCAGGAAAUGUUACGCCUUGAGUUUGAGGAGAAAAGGAAGGAGCAGAUCUUGAAAUACCAGGCAUCGAAUGUGUAUGUAAAGAAUAUUGAUGAUGAAAUCUCUGAUGACGAGCUAAGACUGCAUUUUAGUCAGUGUGGCACAAUUACCUCUGCAACGAUAAUGAGAGAUGAUAAAGGAAUAAGCAAAGGGUUUGGAUUUGUCUGCUUCUCAACGCCGGAAGAGGCAAAUAAAGCUGUAUAUACAUUCCAUGGGUUGAUUUUGCGAAGGAAGCCAUUAUAUGUGGCAAUUGCUCAGAGAAAAGAGGAAAGACAAGUUCAGUUGCAGGUGAUACAUGCUCAACGUCUGGCAGGAUUAUCAGGACCACAUUCACCUGUUAUGCAGGGUGGAUACUCUCAUUUUUAUUAUCCCCCCGGAGUUGUUCCACAGAUACCUGCACAGCCUAGUCUGCUAUAUCAGCAGCCAGGAAUCAGGCCAGGAUGGAGGGCUAAUGGCAUUCCAAAUCCUUCUAGACCCGUUUUUCACCCAUCUCCUGUCCCCUUGCCCCCCAACAGUUCUAGGCAAAGACAAAGAGGAAGGAUAAACGGGAAUAUUCUACCACAAGCCGCUGUGCUCGCAUAUCCAUCACAUUUGCAACGGCCAGUUCACCCCAUGACUUCAUCUAAAGAUUCCAACAAUCAGCAGCCGAUUUUGAUGUCUUCUGGGGUUGGUGGCAAUGGAUCCGAAAUUUUAAGCAGCCUGCUCGCUGCAGCUCCUCCAGAGCAACAGAAACACAUUCUCGGGGAGCGCCUUUAUCCUCUGGUUGCUCAUCACCAGCCUGAUCUGGCAGAAAAGAUAACAGGCAUGCUUCUGGAGAUGGACAACAGCGAACUACUGGUGCUGUUGGAUUCACCGGAUUCACUGUCCUCCAAGGUCGAUGAGGCGGUUCAGGUCCUCAAACUAUCAAAUGCCAAGGUGUCCAAUUCAGACGCGCCGCGCUCAAAUUACCUCUCUGCUCGAGUUGCUGUCAAGUGAUGGACGGAUACUAAGGUCCCAUAGUUUCUCUCACAGCCUUCCCAAUCUUCAUUAAAACUCAUUUACAUGCUUUACUUCCAUCUACUAUACUCAGGUAGAUACUCUAAAAAAACAGUUUUGUUCUAUUAUUCAUGGUUGACUAGUGGCUGCUCAGAAAGUCAAAACGUAAGAGAAGACUUGUUUAGCUGCUAUAAAUAGACAUUAUUUAGUGUGUAGAAUUCCAUUAUCUUGUAGGUAUUGCAGAUAGAAAUUGUAUCUAUUUGCAACAUUAUACAAUUGAUGGUAUACUAUAAACGCAGACUUUUGAAA